GCAACCAUCAAGGGAGAUAACUCUGAAUAGCCAAAUAUAAAAAAAAUAUCACUGAAUCAGUUGAUUAGUAUGUUCAACUGAGAUAAUAAUUCCAACAACAGAACUUAUUCUGUAUUUGAAAAGCACUGAAAGAAAAAACAAAAAAAACCAUUCGCGUUGGUUCAUGGACCGCCAUGAUAAGUAAACAUGAAUCCGCCCUGUCCAGUCACAUUCUCGGGCACACAGAAACGAAUACAUCCGUUGUUCAAGUUAGCUCCCUUUUUACAAACAUGGCGAGGCAAGGACCGUAUGAUGAUUUUUGUUCGCUGUUGUUGACUCGGUCAAUCUAUUGAACUUCAUGUUGAAAAUUCAAGGAUUUGUCCUCCCGAAUUUCUGACAUCAUGGCGGACGAAUUAGGAAAGAUCGUUCGACCACAAAGUCCGACAAGGACAUGCAGCAUUAAUCCGAGUGACAAGAGUCACAUUGGACUCAUUUUGAGCGAAUCAAGAGUCACGGAAAAGUCAUGUGAGAAACUCCUGAGUGUCAGAACAAAUGAAAUUGUGUGUGCACUGUCCUCCAAAACAAUAUACCUGUCGAACUCAGGACAGGUCAUAUCAAACAUAGAUCUGCCAUACUACUGGUGUAACUUCUGUACCUUCAAGACAGAGGAAAAACACCAGCUGUUGACUCACCUGAUGGAUCAUCGGUUCUCCUGCCAGUAUUGUGUGUUUCAGACCUUCUCUCGUGUUGAUGUUGUCCGACAUACUGUGCAGGAGCACUCAGAGUUUGACGGCAGUGACCUCAAGGUCUGUGUUCUACUCCCCGAUCUCUUGAAACAUGGUCUCAACCAAAGCAAUGACAACUCCAAAAAAUCUCCUAAAGAAAAGUCAAAAUUAAAGUCAGAAUCUGAAGCUGAGGAAACUGAAUCCCCAAAUUCAAAAAGGAAGAGGACAUUGUCUGUGAGUGAAGAAGACACCAAAGUGUAUAAAGGUGAAGGUCAAGCAAAGAGAGGUCGCACUAAAAGUAAACGUGGGAGACCGCGUAAAGCUGUUUCUGCGCCAAAAAGUAAACUUGAAUCUGAACGAACUGUUCGAUCCAGCAGUGAAGAUGAGAGCAAACCGACAGAGAGACUGACCAGGUCUUCACCAAAGUUGGUUAAAAAAGAUCGAAUGCCUGGUGUGUGUUUUGAAUGUAGUGUUUGUAAAUUUAGGACUUUUAAGAAGGCAAUCUUAGGAAAACACACUGAACUUGACCAUGAUGCAGCACGACCAAAGUUUGCCUUAAAGAUUGUUUCCCUGUCACAAGCUCAAGACAUUGAUGCAAGUGAUGAGAAGAAUAAAUCUAUUUUGAAGGACACAGUUCCUUCGUCCUCUAAAGAAAAAAAAAAAACUGAAAAGGAAAAGGAAAAAACUGCAAGUGUGCCAGACUCUGAACCUUGUAAAAAAGAUACAGAGGAUGAAGAAGAGGAAGUUAAUGACGCUGUAGUUGAAAUGGAUUAUGCUGAGGAAGAUGAUGAAGAUGAGGAUGAGGAUGCUGGUGUAGAUGAAGAAACAAAUAAAGGCCUUGUGCCUGACAUGAAGUCUACAAUAGAAACAAAACAUCCUGUGCUCGGUGAUCAUAUAAAGCCUGCAGUGAUCGUCAAUCCAAGCAUCUAUACAUGUUUGUUGUGCUCAACGAUUCAUGACUCUACCUUUUCAGUUGUAAAGAACCAUUACUUUGAUAGUCAUCCUGGAGGAACAUUGGUGAUGGGUGAGUCAACGUCCGUCAAUAGUGUCGUACAGUGGAUCUAUUUCUGUGUCACCACAGAUUGUUUUUUUCACACCACUAAUCCAACAUCAUGGUUGGAACAUUGUCGGAUAUGCCAGAAAGAAGCUUAUGAAAAUCCAAAUCUAUGUAACAGUCUAGAUGCAAGUAUGAAAAACACAGUGAAUGCUGUGAGGGAAAACAUGCUGCUGAUGAAUCAAGCUCAGCCUGGUCCAGUGGAUGCAGGGACAUCUGUGAAAGGUUCUGCUCCUCUUGGUUAUGUUCCUGCAGUGCAUAUUAAAACUGAACCACAGUUACCUCCUACUGUGUAUGUUUACGAAUCAGAGGCUCCAACCUGUGGUAAGCAGAAUGAAAUGCUUCAAGACCAACAGCCACCCUCACAAACCCUUGUUCAAGGAUCCUUAAUUUCAGAUUCUGUGUCCUCCUCAUCUUCAUCAUCGGCUCAAGCUGUGUCAUCGUCUGAAAAGAUUGUGCCAGUUGUUCCUCCACUAAAUAUUAGUCAGUCCAAAAAUGCAAUAGUCAAUAUGAUGAUGAUCAGGAAGAUGAACAGUCAUCUGGCUUCGUCUGCAGUUAGUUCAACCAGCACAGCCAACAGCAACACCAGCACCUCAGCAACCACCACCACCACCACCACAACCCCUGCCACCAGCAGCACCUUGGCAACCAGAACUAGUACUACUUCAGCAAACAGAAAUAGCAGCAACUCUGUGCCACACAACAACAGAAGUCCAGCAACAAGUAACACCCUUGCUGCAUCUCUGAAUAGAUCUACACCACCAACUAAUGCUGUGGCCACACCACCAACAACAAGGUCUCCCAAUCCUUACAAUCUUCCAUCAGGCAAGACUUCAUGGCCAUCCUCCCCCCCAAAUUCUCCAAAUAAGUCUGUAGACUCUAAUGUCCAGUUUGAUGUUGAAAAGAAAGGAAAUUACAAGUGUGCCCAUUGUCGGUAUCUGGCUGCAAAGGCUCUGGAGGUCCGGACACACAUGAUUGACAGACACAAAAUGAACCCUCUGUAUGGUCUAGACAUGCUGGCCGAGGAGUGCAAGGUGCCACGGUUUAUGCUUUUCUGCCCUAAAGACAAAUGCAAAUUUUGUACAAAAGGGAAGGACUUGUUUCUGAAGCAUUUGGAUGAGUGUGCUAGUGUUGAUAAUGGCGGGAACUUCACUGAUGAGUACAAGAAGAGACUGGAGGUCACGCGAAAUUUCGCUUUAUCGACACUUAAGAAGCUCCAAAUGCUGACUCAGUGAUGGGCCAAAAGCAUGUUGCAAGUCUGUUUUGGUCUCGCUUAUGGAAGUGGUCACCCAUCGAUGCCAACCAAGAAAUGACGUUGACCUGCAAUACUGUUUGUAAAGUCAAAGCCUCAACCCAGGCCACUCUGUGCUGAUGCAUUCAGCCAUUUUGACGGAUCGAGAUUUAUAUAUAUUUUGUAUUGGUCACUAUAAACGUUGUUACCAUGGUAACCAUUUCAGUAAUACAUAAUAAGGUCCACAAAACUCAUAAACAUAAUCAGCUGGAGAACUGUUAUUCUGUACCUGGAAUUCCUCUUCUUCAAGCUCAUGGGAUAGAGGUACUUCUGCAUUACAGCCUCACUCUCAGAACAUAUCUACUGGAUAAUCUACUGGAUGUGGAUAUCUUUCAGCAUGUCCUGUUUGCACCUGACAAGAUUUUACCCAGGCCUUUUGGGGGGGUCAGAAGGGUAAAGAAUAGAUUCUGACAUGACCAUCUUUGUACAUUCGACAGUGUGUUAAUCAGUAACUCACAAGCUCCUCUUGUCAUGAGGCCAGUAUGUAUGUGCUUUGUGUUCAAUGCUGCACUGAUUAUUUAAACAUUUACCAGUUCUCUUUGUCAUUAUCAUUGAAUUCUUUCUGUGCAUAUGAUGCUCAUGUAUCUAUAUUAUAGUUUCAAAGUGGCGGCUGGACAAGAACAAAUGUGAAGACAAUACUCGAAACUGGGCUUGACUUUUGUUUCAUCUCAAAUACACCCAGAACAUCUUGCAGCAAAAGAACUUCCUUCCCUGUUGUCAGCUAAACUUCAUUUGUGACAGUCUUCUGUUUGUUUAAAUAGGCUAAGGGCUCGCUUGGACAAGGCAUUUUUGUUUUAGUUGAUUUCAUGGUUAGAAUGGAGAGAUAUUCCGUGUUAAGUUACCUGAAAGAGAGCUGGAGAUGGCAACAACACUUCCAAGACAAAGUUCUGCUGGUUCAGAAUGAUGAUAGAACUGACAUUUAGUUCACUGGAUAAUCGAAGAUGAAGACACAUCUUUUUCAUUUUAGUCCAACCUGUAAAACUGAAACAAUGUAAGACCAUUAAAAUAAAAAGGAAGUGUUUGUUGUGGGAGCAGAAACCAAAAAAUGAACAUGUAUCAAUGAAUUAUGUUGGCCACUGUCUCCAAAGGAAAACCGAUUAGUUGAGGAAGGUUGGCCAAAACAAUGAUUUAUAGUCUAAUAGGCUGCUCCCAAUGUUUUUAGAAGUCUCUACACUGAUUGUGUGCUUAGAUUGUUCAUUUGUGGUAUUCUCCAAUGGGUCGUGGGUUGAAUCACGGUUUGCCCACAUUGUCAGCACCAUACCUGUGCUCAUUGGUUUCACCAAAGUGGUAAACAUCUGAGACCUGCAUCACUUCAGGCUUUUAUCCCGCAGUUAGCUGACACUCUGUGUUAUUACUUAAAUACUAUUCAAAGCAGCGUUAAAACCAACUCACUCACUCAGAUCUUGAGAGGAAGUGAAAUGGAGUAAAAGAUUUGAUUUUAGUAAGAUUAACAAAUGAGAAAUGUGAAGUGACUUGUUACUGGUCUGAAAUGAACAUAAUUUCUGCCAUACCUCCACCCUCAAAGACAGACCCUGAAUAUGAGUUGCUUAUAUCCCCAGUGCAUUGAUGCUGACCUUAUUAUGAUUCUUUUUCAACUAUUUGUAGUCAGUUAUUACUAUGAUAACACUAGAAUGUUUUACUUAGUCAUGUACAGUUAUUUGAUGUCCUGUAUUAUUUUCUAUUUCAAUAUAUAUUUUAUUCACUUUAUCUUUCAGGACCUCAGACACUUAAUACACUCCAAAGAUGCUUUUCAGACCAUUGUCAUUUUUUGUGUUGAAUAUUUUAAAGGAAUGUUUAUUCUAUACCACAAUGACAUCCUGCAUUCUGAAUGGUCUGCCAACAAUACCAAAUCUAUGUUAGACCACAAUUAUGCUGAUGACAGCAUCACCGUGAAAGAAAGUCCCUUUCCUGUAGACAAUUUCAAUUACUGAUUUUACAUAAUAAAAGACGGAGUUGUGGUACCUAGAAUAUUCUUAGCAAGUUUAGCCAUCUAUUUAAACAGAACCUGAUGAACAGUGACUAAAAAAGUGUUUUUGAAAUUCAGUAAUAUCAACACAGUUGGACAUUUGGCACUUCUCUGUCACACACUGAGGUGUCAUGUCUGCUGUAGGACAAUGCUUGGACGUCCCUUCUGUAGGGUGAGUGAGUGAGUUUGGUUUUACGCCGGUUUAAGCAAUAUUCCAGCAAUAUCACGGCGGGGGACACCAGAAAUGGGCUUCACACAUUGUACCCAUUUCGGAAUUUGAACCCGGGUCUUCCGCGUGACGAGCGAACGCUUUAACCACUAGGCUACCCGACCGCCUCCCCUUCUGUAGAACAUAACCUUACAAUAGUUGUGUGUAUGUCAUAUCAAGACCAUUUGAAUCAAACUUGCAUGGCAUCUCUACUGGGUGAUUUUAGUGUCUCAUCUUCAAUUAUCAAUUAAUUACAGUAUUAUCACGAAAAUUCUGUUUUGAGUAUUAGAAAACAAACAUAUCUUGAUAAGAAGCGAUCAUUGCAGAUCCCUGAAUUUGAUAAUUCAACCUCUGUUAAUAUAUUAAUCACCUUUUAUUUGGCCAUGUGUCAUGGAAGAAUGGAGAUAAACCAACUGUGUUUUCAACCUAUCAGUUCAAUAUCUUAUCAGGGGUAGAAUAGGUCUUCAGCAACGCAUGCUUGCUGUAAAAGGCGCCUAUGCUUGUCGUAAAAGGCUACUAACGGGAUCAAGUGGUCAGACAUGCUCAUUUGGUUGAUGCAUGUCAUCGUUUCCCAAUUGCGUUGUCUGAUGCUCAUGAUGUCAAUCACUGGAUUGUCUGGUCCAGACUCGAUUAUUUAGAGACCGUCGUCAUGUAGCUGGAAUAUUGCUGAGUGCGGCGUUAAACAACAAACAAAUAAACAAUAUCAUAUCAUUCAGUGUACAAUAAUCUUGCAUGUUAUGUCUAUAUCUACCAUCUACACCUUCCUUAAAAUGUGUAUUGCAACUUCACCAUAAGUUUAAAGUGAGAUUUAGAUCACUUAAGAAUUGGUCAUUUAUUCAUGCAACCAGGAUUCAUGUGAAUAGAAAAGUAGAAAACAAAAAGAUUGAAAAAGAAAGACGUAUGCAUGUUUAUCAUUAAAUAUAUGAACUAUUUCUUUGUAAGGCCAGACUUAUGACUAGGAAUACUUUAUUUGAUGAAUGCUAGAUCUUAAUUUCUUUUAAAAAUAUAUGAUAUUUUCUCCACAGAGUUUCAGAUCAGUUUUUUUUUAAAUUUGGUACUCAUAAGGGAGAUUGUCCUAUCACAAGUCAAUAGAAUCAAGAAAAUGCCAUUUGUAUAAGAUGUAUAAAUUUAUGGAAUUCAUCCCUACUCCCUGCACAAAUACUGUACAAACCUUUCCGUCGCAAUGUGGACAAGAAAUGUUGUAGGAACCAGGUUGCGACUGGAUUUGUUUGCAAAGAUAGUACACUGCAAAGCGGCUGUAUGUAUUCAUGGUUGAUGGACGAAUGUAGUAUAGACAGACUCAGGAAUGCUUUCCUACCUGUUUAGAUGUCAUUAGUAUGAUAGUCUGUUGGAUCAAUGGUAGUGGACUAUUUCUGCUAUAGAUUUAGAUACCUACUGGCUAGAGCUUGUGGAGAAGAUCUCUUGGUAAUGUUUAUGCUUUUAAACUGUAGUCUUAUGCCAAAAUGAAAUAAUCUUAGACCCAAGAGCUAGAAGAAGGGGCGCUUGUAAAAUUGGCUCAGUAUGCUUUGCAGUUGGGCAAAGUUUGUGAUGGCCUCUCGUGUCCUGUCUGAUGUGAUCAUGAGCAGAACUGAACAGCUUGUGAUACCCCUUCAUGCAUCCUCAAUUAUCCAGGGUAUUCUAAUAGGAUAAAUAACCUGAACUGAUCGCUACCAUAGUUUUGUUUAGCAGCUCUUACUUUUAACAGAAUUUAUCUUUCACACAAGUCUAAUUUGGCUGGGUAGCUGUUAUUAAUAUGACCCAUAGCUAUGGUAUUAAAUGGGUCAAAGAUAAUUAUCAUCAAAGAACAGAUAUGAUACCCUGGAUAAUCCAAUGGUGUCCUGUCUGAUCAUUCUAUGUCCAACUCUGGAACCCCCAGGUGAAAAUAGCUCCCCAACACUCUGUCUCUUGUUGUAAGAGGUGACUUAAGUUGAAUCGGGUAGUCAUGCUCAGUGCCUCGGUUGAUUUUGUGUCAUCGAUCCAUGACCACAUGGUCAAUGCUCACAUCAUCAGUCACUUCUUGGUCUGGUCCAGACACAUUUAUUGUCAGUUCAUCAUGAUGGAGCCGGAAUAUUGCCAGAGGUGACAUAAAACAUUAGACAAAACAAUACAAAGGCUCUUUAAAAACAUGUGCCACCAGAAUAUGAUUGAAAUGCAACAUAAUAUAUGUGUACUUGGACUUUCAGAGCAUGUAAAAAUUGUAGUAUUUUGCCAGAUUAAGUCAGUGCAUGGAACAGUGAGGAUGACAGUAAUGGGUGAAUUGUUGGGUUGUUCAUUUAUCAGUUGAUUUGUCAUAGGUAGAACUGAAACCAAUGGAAUUAGUCAGUUCUCUCAAAUCUGAGACAAGUUUAUUUCCAAAGAUUAGUUACUUCCAGUUCAUUCAGUUUUGGGGCCAGUUCGCAAGCCACCUUUUAUGAAGCUGAUGUAGUCUUCCCCUAGGAAUGACCUGGGCCGUGUUUCAUAGCUAGGACUUUUGUAACUGCAACAUUGAAGCAUUGACUUUUGACAAAAAGGCUUUGUAAACAAAUCUUUGGUUUUAUAAAGAGUGAGGUGAAAGGAACUAUCAGUUCUUGAAGAAUCACCCUAUGACCACCAUGACCAUCUCCAUUGUGACACCAAUUGUUACAAAAGCAUAUUCAUUUUACAUCACCAUAAUUUUCUUCGGAUCUUGAAAUGUGACAAUGUUUGUUAAUGCAUAUAAUAAUGAAUCCUAUUGACAAGCGCAUUAUUAGUAUGCAAGUUCUUAUUAGAAUAUUGUAGCACAGCAUUGAUGGUAACUAUCGAUAUAGUAAUGUAUUGACAAUUAUGAUCCAUCAGUGGGUUGAUCAAUCAUUACACUCCAAGUGGUGAGCAUGAACUGAACUGAUUGAUAUAAUGAUCAUUAUCAGGAUAUUUUCAUUUCAUUAUGUCUUUUGAUGUCAACUUCAUCUUUUUACUUGUCAAAAAGUCAAUGUAUUGUCAUAGAGCUAUGGACAAACACAAAUGUCAAUGGGCCAAUCAUUGCACCCAUAUUGCUCUGCUUUUGUGAAUUCAUGUGUGUGCUAGUAAUCACUUAUGUGAUGGAACAUCAGAAUAUUUUAUGCUUCCAUUUUAUUUAUUUCAUAGUGGUAACUUUAGACACUUGCCUCUUUGCAUCUCUGGUCAACCACCUAUAUGGUGUACAUGUCAAUGUACUUUAAAUGCAUCAUAAAUUCUACUUAUAC